ACCCGCCUUGUUGUCCAAUUUUUCUCACAAUUUGCUUUAUACUGAAUCACAUACACAUACACAAUGGUGUCACUAGCCCCCCGCCUCCUCACACGCAGCAUCCGCCAAACACGCGUCCGCCCAAGGACGGUCCUCACAGCCGCCCAGCGCUACGCAUCAACAAAGCACCCCACAAACUUCACGCCACCCACCCAAUCCGACCUCGACGAACUGCGUGAUUCAGUCCGCGAAUUUGCCCGGCGCGAGAUACCCGAAGAAAUCGCCGCACGCACCGAUAAGCAGAAUGAGUUCCCCAACGACAUGUGGCAGAAGUUUGGCGAGGCCGGUUUCCUCGGCAUAACCGCCGACGAGGAGUUUGGUGGCCUAGCAAUGGGAUAUCAGGCGCAUUGCGUAGUCAUGGAAGAGUUGUCACGGGCGAGUGGAAGCAUAGGACUGAGUUAUGCGGCGCAUAGCCAGUUGUGUGUGAACCAACUCAUGUUGAACGGGAAUGCCGCGCAAAAGGCAAAGUAUCUGCCUGGAUUGAUUAGUGGGAAGAAGAUUGGCGGAUUGGCUAUGAGUGAGCAUAGUGCUGGGAGCGAUGUUGUCAGUAUGAAGACGACAGCCAAGGAGGUUGAUGGUGGCUAUUUGCUCAACGGGACUAAGAUGUGGAUUACAAACGGCCCAGAUGCCCACACUAUAGUCGUGUACGCCAAAACAGAGCCUACAGCCGCCAGCAAAGGCAUCACCGCCUUCAUCGUCGACACCGCGACCACCGGCUUUAGCGUCGCCUCCAAACUAGACAAACUCGGCAUGCGUGGCUCCAACACAGGCGAGCUUGUCUUUGAAAAUGUCUUUGUACCCCGUGAAAACAUCCUAGGCGAGGUCAACCGAGGCGUGCGCGUACUAAUGGAAGGCCUGGAUCUCGAGCGCCUCGUCCUCUCUGCCGGGCCCCUUGGUCUCAUGCAAGCCUCCCUCGAUAACGUGCUACCGUAUACACAUCAGCGCAAGCAGUUUGGCACUCCCAUCGCACACAAUCAGCUAGUGCAGGGCAAGUUGGCAGAUAUGUACACCAAAUUCCGCGCCUCCCAGGCCUUCACGUAUAGCGUGGCGCGAGCUGUAGAUGAGUCUCACGCAAGUCCAGAUAUAAAGACACAGGAUUGCGCGGGCGCGAUACUGUAUGCGGCCGAGAGGGCGAGCGAGGUGGCGGCUGAUGCGGUGCAGUUGAUGGGUGGAAUGGGGUAUAUGAAUGAGGUGCCCGUAGGUCGGAUACUGAGGGAUGCCAAACUCUACGAAAUUGGCGCGGGUACGAGUGAGGUUCGGAGAAUGGUCAUUGGACGUGCGUUUAACAGGGAGUGGAAGCAAGAUGUGUGAGUAGUCCUGGACGUUGUACAAAAGCUAAGAAGGUUCAAAGAUAUAUCCUUUGUUGAUUUCCGUUCUUAAGGGAGCAACCUAGUAAGGGAGUAACAGGUAGAUCUUUUGCGCCCCAACAUCUUAUCCCGAGAUCACCUUCCUUCCCCUGCCUUCCCAAACCGCACAAUUAGACGAGCUUACGAAAGGCGGUGGACGUAAGCCGGAAGCUGACAGAAAGACAUGAGCCUACAAAAGCGGAUACAGUACCACAACAUUGUACGAGCUUUACUAUGCUGACUUGCGGCCCUUAUUCUCCGGUUCGACUGUCAUAGCUCGCAUGUACAAUGACAUGGCACGAGCUCCAUCAAGCAUUCCAAUGUAACUAAACCUGCAGAAUUCGCCCCUUCUUCCUCC